UGUUGUGCUUGAUUCAGGAUCCUUGUAAGUGUGAAACGAUCGCGAAUGCAGACUUCAGUGAUGGGUUCCGUUAGAACGAAUAACUCCGAGGAGAAGAAGGAAACCUUGAAAGGCAAAGAAAAAAGUGAACUACGGAAACUAUCGGAGGAAAGUUUAACGCGACAGCCCGAAGAAGUUUUCGACAUAAUAUGUAAACUUGGCGAGGGUUCUUAUGGAAGUGUCUACAAGGCUCUGCACAAGGAAUCCGGACAAGUGCUAGCGAUCAAGCAGGUGCCUGUGGACACCGAUUUGCAAGAGAUUAUCAAGGAAAUCUCAAUAAUGCAACAGUGCGACUCUCCUUACAUAGUCAAGUACUAUGGCAGUUACUUCAAAAACACAGAUCUUUGGAUCGUGAUGGAAUACUGCGGUGCCGGUUCAGUGUCUGACAUCAUGCGAUUACGAAAAAAGACUUUACAAGAAGAAGAGAUAGCGACGAUUUUGGCAGACGCUUUGAAAGGUUUGGAAUAUUUGCAUCUGCGACGGAAAAUCCACCGAGACAUCAAAGCCGGGAACAUUUUGCUCAACACAGAGGGUCAUGCCAAGUUGGCGGACUUUGGAGUUGCUGGACAGUUGACAGAUACCAUGGCCAAACGAAACACAGUGAUCGGCACUCCAUUUUGGAUGGCACCCGAAGUGAUUCAAGAGAUUGGCUACGACUGCGUGGCGGACAUUUGGAGCUUGGGCAUUACGGCGUUGGAGAUGGCGGAGGGAAAGCCGCCGUACGGAGACAUCCACCCCAUGCGUGCCAUUUUCAUGAUCCCCACGAAGCCGCCGCCGUCGUUCAAGAAUCCCAACAACUGGUCGUCGGAAUUCAUCGAAUUCGUGGCGCGAUGUCUGGUGAAGUCGCCGGAAGAACGCGCCACUGCCAGCGAGCUGCUCCAGCACGAUUUUAUCCAGGCGGCGAGGGCGCCGUCGAUCCUCAGUCAAAUGAUCGCCGAUGCCCGGGAGAUCCGCGAGGCGCAAACGGGAUCCUUUCUGGAUCUCCUGGGCCGAAGGAUCGACGUGGACGAGGAGCAGAACAACACGAUGGUUCGGGGUCUCAGCGAUGGAACGCUGGUGCCUGGCGGCGGCGGCACGUUGCGAGGCGGCAGUGAGCACGUGUAUGAGAAUUUCCCGAUUCGCGGCAAGGCGGUCGUGGUAUCGUCUUCGAGGGAUGACGACGCCACGAUGCGAGCGCCACGAAGCGGCGGCGGCGUGGAUGAAGUGGAGUCUAACCUGGGUACAAUGGUGAUUAAUGAAGAUGACGACGAGUCGAGGAAUGGGGACGAGCGCGGCGGCGGAAUGGGGACUGACCAGGAUGACGAGGAAGAAUCUACCAUGAAACGACACUCAACCGGUGACACGGACAAGCGACCCCGACCCUUUUUCCUGGAGCACUUUGACAAGAAGGACGCCGCCGAGGCGUUGCGGAAGCUGGACGCGGACCGAGAAAUGACGGCGGAAGAGCAGAAGGCAUUCCAGAGCCAGCUGCAGAAGCAGGUUGCCUCCAGGUCAUCCAAGACAAUUCCGCCUUUUUCAUCAACAGCCGCCUUCACAGCCACCACAUUGGCCGCCACUUUGGCGGCUGUGAAGGCUGCUGUUGAUGAAAAUGGCGGAAUUGACUUUGAAGAUCUGGAGGCAACUCUUAGAAAUAAUUUGAGCUAUUUGACGUACGAAGACCUGGAAGUCCGCAUGCAGGCCCUGGACGGCGAGAUGGAACAAGAAAUUGACGAACUCCGACGCCGAUAUCAAGCCAAACGCCAACCCAUACUCGACGCCAUGGACCAGAAGCGCAAGCGGCAACAAAACUUCUGA